AUGGCCUCAAAACAGGGACAGCCAGGCUCCGGCCAAAUCGACGUCACACAGCUCCCCGUUCCGCAGCUCCAAGAACUAAAAACCCAACUUGACCGCGAACUCGAGCACCUGACCACCUCCUUCCAAUCGCUACGUACCGCGCAGGCAAAGUUCAGAGACUGCUUAGCCUCAAUUGCGACAGGCCUCUCUUCCUCGACUGCCGAGAAAACACUCCUCGUGCCCCUUACGAGCUCGCUGUACGUUCCGGGCAAACUUACGGACCACGAGCACGUGCUAGUCGAUGUCGGCACUGGGUUCUUUGUGGAGAAGGAUAUCCCUGGGGCGAAAGACUUUUACGAGAGAAAGGUCAAGGAUCUUCAGGACAGCUUGAAGGAUCUCGAGGGUGUGGUAAACUCGAAGGCGCAAAAUGUCAGGGUGGUGGAGGAGGUCAUACGAUUGAAGGUCAUGAAUGCACAAGAGCAGGAGAGCAAGGGUAAGAGCGGGUGA